CCGUAAAACAGUACACUCACACAUAUCUAUCCGUAUCAUUAGAAGAAAAAGAAGAAAAAAAAGGAGAGCAAAGAAGCAAUGGAGAUCUCAAUUCAGCAGCUUAAUCAAUACAAUGGCACAGACCCAUCAAAACCCAUUUACGUAGCUAUAAAGGGUCGUAUCUUCGAUGUCACUACCGGCAAUUCUUUCUACGGUCCCGGCGGUUCUUACUCCAUGUUUGCCGGCAAAGAUGCUACGAGGGCUCUUGCUAAAAUGAGCAAAAAUGAAGAAGAUGUUAUUGCCUCUGUUGAUGGUCUCACUGACAAAGAAUUGGGUGUUCUUGCUGAUUGGGAGAAGAAGUUUGAAGCUAAGUACCCUGUUGUUGGCCGUGUUGUGUCUUAAUUAUAUAUACAUAUCUGUGUGUCUCUGUUUCUCUUCUUCUUUUGGUGAUUGGUAUUGUAUUUGAUGGUGGAUUAUGAAUGUUAAAUGUGCUGUCUUUGGAUAGAUAUCACUUUGAAUGGAUGGGAUGUUGUAUAAUGUUGUUUUAAUGAAUAAAUGGAUUCGGAUGUGUUUGAUA